GGAAAAUCAUCUCCAUCGACACCAGCUCCCUGCGCGCCGCCGGCAGGACGGGAUGGGAGGAUCUGGUCCGGAAGUGCAUCUACGCCUUCUUCCAGCCCCAGGGCCGGGAGCCGUCCUACGCCAAGCAGCUCUUCCAAGAAGUGAUGACCCGCGGCGCCGCCUUCAGCCCCUCGUACCGGUUCACGCUGAGCGACGGGACGGUGCUGAGCGCCCACACCAAGUGCAAGCUCUGCUACCCCACCAACCCCGAGGUGCAGCCCUUCAUCAUGGGCGUCCACGUCAUCGACAGGGAUCACGGGAUGCUCUCCCCGCCGGACAACCCCGGCUCCGGCAUGACCCUGCCGCGCUCCGGCCCCGCCCUGACCCCCAACGUCUCUCCGGGGCCGGGAAUGGCGCUGCCUCCUCCUCCUCCUCCCUCCGUCCCCAAUUCCAACGGCACCAUGGUGACCGGCAACGCCGGCCAACCCUCCGGCUACGGAUGUCCUCCCGGGAGCCAGCUGGGAGCCGCCGCCGCCGCCUUAAGCCAGAGCCAGGGUGGGAACCACGCCCUGCCCCUCGCCGGCUCGCCCAUGGGCAGCCCCGGCAUCCCCCCCCCGCCGCCGCCGCCGCCGCCGCCGCCGCAAUUCCUGUCCCCGCGCCACCGCCUCAGCCCCGGCCUGGUGCCGCGCUCCCGAGGGCCCGGCAACCCCUUCUCCCCCGCCGUGCCCUCCAUGCACUCGCCCGUGGGCAUGGCCGGCGGCGGGAAUGCCGCCGGCGCCGCCGGGAACGCUCGCCCGUUCCCCGGCGGCGCUCCCGUGCCGGGGCUGCCGGAAGGGCCGGGAACGCCGGUGGGGUAUUCCACGCCGCCGCCGCCGGUGCUGAGGCAGCUGAGCGGCUCUCAGAGCUCUCCCGGCCGCCUGGCCGGCAAAUCCGACGCCAAGGACAGCAAGGAGAUCGCCUCCAUCCUCAGCGAGAUGAUCCAGGUGGACGGCGGCGCCGGCAGCGGCGGCGCCGCCGGCGGGGAGGGCAAGGCUCUGGAUUCGGGAAUGCUGCACGCCGACGGCGACUCCAAGUGCUCGCAGGCCACCAGCCACAAGCUGGUGCAGCUCCUGGCCAGCACGGCGGAGCAGCAGCUCCGGCACGCCGCCGACGCCGACACCAGCUGCAAGGAAUCCUUGGUGACGCUGGGAACCGGGAGCGCCGCCGGCACCGGCGGCACCGGCAGCACCGGCGGCACCGGCACCUGCCCGUCCUCCCACAGCUCCCUGACGGAGCGGCACAAGAUCCUGCACCGGCUGCUCCAGGAGGGAAGCCCGUCCGACCUCACCACGCUGGCCAUGGAGCACGAGAAGAAGGAGAGCGCUCCCGGCGCCGCUCCGGCACCGGCGACGGCUCCGGCGGCGGCGGCUCCGACGGCGGCGGCGGAGGCGGAGGCGCUGAAGAAGAAGGACGUGAAGGACCACCAGCUGCUGAGGUACCUCCUGGACAAGGACGAGAAGGAGCUGGGGGCGGCGCCGGCGCUCAGCCUGGACGACGUGAAGGUGAAGGUGGAGAAGGCGGAGCCGGCGAUGGAUCCGUGCCACGCCGCGCCCGCCGCCGUUCCCAAGGCUCCGGCGGCGGCCGAGGAGGUCAAGAUGGAGACGCAGGGGCAGUUUGCUGCCGAGCUGGAGCAGCUGGAUCAGCUCCUGCCCUCGCUGGAAAAGGCGGCUCAGCUGCCGGGAAUGUGCGGCGCGGAGAGGAGCGAGGGCGGCGUGUCCGGAGUGUCCGGAGUGUCCGGAGUGUCCGGAGUGCCGGUGAAGCCGGAGCUGUUGGCGGCGCCGCUCCAGCCCAGCACCGCGGCCAGAGCUCCCACGGGACUCACCCCGCUCAGUGGCGGGCAGGGCGUUCCGGCGGGCCGGGCUCCCUUCGAGUUCUGCGAUCCCAUGGAUCCCGCCCAGCUCCGGCCGGGGCCGUGUCCCGGGAAUACCGGGAGCCCCCACGGCCGCGGGCCGGCCCAGCCGGGAAGAGGCACCGGGACGGCUCCCAAUCCCUUCCCUCCGGACACAGGAAUGCCGGAGCUGGAGCUGGGCGUCCCGGAUCCGCAGUUCGGUCCGUCGGGAAUGGGGGAGCCGAUUCCUUGGCCGGAGCCCCGCGGAGCGCUGAGCAAACCCGAGGAGCAGUGCAUCAGCUCCCAGCUGGAUGAGCUCCUGUGCCCUCCCACGACUCCGGAGGGCCGGAAUGACGAGAAGGCGCUGCUGGAGCAACUCGUGUCCUUCCUGAGCGGGAAGGACGAGACGGAGCUGGCGGAGCUGGAUCGAGCCCUGGGAAUUGACAAACUGGUCCAGGGCGGCGGCCUGGAAGCGCUGUCGGAACGUUUCCAGCCCCCGGCGGGCACCGCUCCGCUCCUGCUGGAGCAGAAACCCGGAAUGUACCCCCAGCCUUACUCCUCCUCCUCCUCCUCCUCCGCCGCCUCUCCCGCCGGAGCCUUUCCCGGGAUGGCGCGGCCCAAGCCGUCCUUCGGAGCCGUGCCGGUGCCGCCGCCGCCGCCGCGCGGAGCCUUCCCGAAUUCCCUGGCGGUGCCGCCCCGGCAGAGCCUGAGCCGCCCGCCCCCGGCACCCAACCAGCUCCGGCUGCAGCUCCAGCAGCGCCUCCAGGGCCAGCAGCAGCUGCUCCAUCAGAACCGCCAGGCCAUCCUCAACCAGUUCGCCGCCGGCGCUCCCGUCGGGAUCAACAUGCGGGCGGGAAUGCAGCAGCAGAUCACGCCCCAGCCUCCUCUGAACGCUCAGAUGUUGGCGCAGCGGCAGCGGGAGCUCUACAGCCAACAGCACCGGCAGCGGCAGCUGAUGCAGCAGCGCGCCCUCCUCCUGCGCCAGCAGAGCUUCGGCAACGCCUCCGGAAUUCCGGUGCCCCUCGGAGGCGCCCGGUUGCCCCAGGCGCCCCCCCAGCAGUUCCCGUACCCGGUGCCCAGCUACGGCGCCGGCGCCAGCAACCCGCCCUCCGCCGGCGCCGCCGGACCGUUCUCCGGCGCCGAGGCGGCGGCGGCGCUGGCCGGGCGCCGCGGGAGCGCCGUGGGAGCGCAGUUCGGAGCCGGGAUGGUGGCGCCCGGGAUGCAGCAGAACGUUUUUCAGUAUUCCGGAGCAGGGCUGGCCCAGCAGAGCGAGUCCUUCGCGCCGGCGCUGAGCCCCGGCAGCCCCCUGGUGUCCCCCCAGAUCCCGCCGGCCCAGAGCCCGAUGCUGCCGCCGGCGCCGCCGGCACCCGGAUACCAGUCCCCCGACGUGAAGGGCUGGCAGCAAGGAGCCAUGGGGAAUAACAGGUAAAGAGAUUCCAGCUGGG